UUUAAUGGAUAGUACCGACAAUUGAAGGUUUUAUGGUUUUUUGUUGAAAGGGACAUUGGUAACUGAUUAGGUUUGCUGUAGCCAUGUCGGGAUCAGCCCCCGAGGAGCCUCAGACCGUUCCUCAGAGCCCAGCUAGUGUUCCUGACCCAGCUCCCGUUGCUGUCGGACCUGGAGGCUCAAGUGACAGUUCCUUUGGUGAGCAAAACCUUGGCUUUGCCACCCCCGAGGCCAGUCUGGUGGAGAUGAUGGACAUUGAGUACACCCAGCUGCAGCACAUACUUUGCUCACACACGGAGGCGCAGAGUAGUGAAGGUGAAGUGGAAGCCAGGCUCAGCGCUUUCUCCUCGCCUGGCCCCUCUGCAGAUCCCCCUCUGCAGCAGCCCUCCCCCAGCACCAGUCAGGACGGGGGCUCAUCCAGCAGCUCUGGGAACCAGUCGGUCUGCCCAGUUACCUGUCAGUCAGGGUUGCCUUGUGACAGCUACUGGCCGAGUUCUAACCCACACCUGGGCUAUGCUGACUUGCAGGAGCUCAGGAUGAUGUUACUUAGCGAGUCCAACCUCCCUGUGAACCAAAGAGAGAAAGCGCCCAACAGUAGUAGCUCUGUAGAAGUCUCGGGAUGCAGUGCAGCAAAAGCUAAACAGGGUGAAAAUUUCUUGGGGGAGAAUAAGGAAAACGUAUUUGUUGAAAAUUCGGCACUGGCACCAGAGGUUAGAUCUAAACCUGCAGUCAGAGCUCGGUUGGAAGACAGAUUCAACAGCAGCCCGACAGAAAACCCCAGAUGUCAAGAACCCCAAGAAUCUGGAGUAACUCUUAACAAUUUAGUGACUUUGAUCCGCCAGCCCUCAGAAGUGGUGGGUGUUCCUCUUCACCAGCAAGGGAACAGGUGUGCUGCACUAGGGAAAAAUAAGGCUGCACCUGCCACACAUUCCUUACCAUUCACAUACCCGUUCUUUACAAUGAAUGCAUGUUCUGCUGCUGGAAGUGCUAAUCCUUCCCAAGCACAGACCUGUGGAACAUCUUGCACUAUUUUGGAAGCUGCCAAACAUCAAGAUCUUGGGAUACCCAAGACAUUCCCUUUUCUCUAUCAGGAAGUUGAAUCCACAAAACAGACAGUAGGUGCUAUAAAUAAAGCUUUGCCUGAGGAAGUUUGGAUUAAAGUUGGAGACACCUUAUGCAAGCAAGCCAUAAACAGAAGUUGCAGUCGAAUAAAUCUGUUGGAUCCAAACAUGGACCGCAAACCUCUCGGUGAGAUUCGGAACGCCCGGGACAACAACCAGAGCACUGCAGCUGCCCAGGGCCCCUGGCAGUCAGCACAGCCCAGCUCCAGUGUGCAGGUACAAAGUGGUUCCCAAGAUGGAAGCGCCCAGAGAAGGGAAAGGCACAACCGCCUGGAGAGAGACAGGAGGCGCAGGAUCCGGGUUUGUUGUGAUGAGCUCAAUCUCCUCGUUCCCUUCUGCACGAUUGACACUGACAAGGCAACAACUUUGCAGUGGACAACUGCAUUCCUCAAGUACAUUCAGGAAAGGCACGGGGACUCCCUGAAGCAGGAAUUUGAGACUGUGUUCUGUGGUAAAACCGGCAGGAGACUAAAAAUUGGAAGACCAGACUCAUGUGUAAUGUGUCCAGCACAGGAAAACCGCACAGCUAUGGAGACCAAAUAGCCUGACCUGCCCACC